ACUCUCUCCGGAACAGCUCGGGAGCUCCUUCCGCUCUUGAGCAAUGGCCGCUCCCCGCCUCCCUGGCGCUGGGUGCGGGCGGGCAGCGCCCUUUGUUCCCGGCGCGUCUCCCACACGGGAGCCUUUCUGAGGAGAGCCCAGAAACCCCGACGCCUUUCCACAUCGUGGAGCUGAAAGGUUUCAGGUCUAAAAAGUGAGGUUUGUGAAACAGGAAAGAAAAAAGGCGCCCUUAAAAAAUUUUCGAGCACGACCCGGAAAGCUCACCUGAAAAAUAGCCAGUGGACUGGGAAGGGUGGCACCUGGCAGCAGACCGGCUUCCCAGUGCCCUGAUCCUGCCCACCUGCCUUUCUCACCUGGACUAUGGCUGUUAUCAAGGAGACAGAGCAGUGGCCUAUUUUCACCUAAUCUUGUCACGGAUUUGCUUCCCUCUGUCCAAUUGGAGCAAACAGCUGGGAGGGACUGUUGCUCAAUGACACCCUUUAAAAGCUCUCUUCUCUCCACCCUGAAGAAGAAUUUCAGAGUGGAAGAGGCGGACUAGGCAGUACGGUGAAUCCUUGGGCUAUUGCCUCAUCACAUCUGCAGUCUUCACAGCCUAGCUCUAACAUUCCUGAAAUUGGGAAACCAGCCAUGGCAAAGAAGAGAGUGGCAAUUAUAGGAGGUGGCUCCAGUGGACUUUGUAGCAUCAAGUGCUGUUUAGAUGAGGGUCUAGAUCCUACAUGCUUUGAGAGCAGUGAAGACAUUGGGGGGCUCUGGAGGUUCAAGGAGAAUCCUGAGGAGGGACGGGCCAGCAUCUAUAGAUCUGUCAUCAUCAACACCUCCAAGGAGAUGAUGUGCUUCAGCGACUUCCCCAUCCCAGACGACUUCCCCAACUACAUGCACAACUCCAAGAUUAUGGAUUAUUUCCGAAUGUACGCCAAGCACUUUGAUCUUCUGAAAUAUAUCCGUUUCAGGACUAAGGUGUGCAGUGUAAAAAGGCGCCCAGAUUUCUCUAGCACUGGCCAAUGGGAUGUUGUCACAGAGACGGGUGGAAAAGAAGAAUCAUCCGUCUUUGAUGCAAUCCUGGUUUGCACUGGGCAUCACACAAAUGCACAUCUGCCGCUGAACUCCUUCCCAGGAAUUGAAAAGUUCAAAGGUCGCUACUUUCACAGUCGUGAUUACAAGAGCCCAGCUGAGUUUGCUGGGAAAAGAGUAAUUGUGAUUGGCAUUGGGAACUCAGGCGGGGACCUUGCUGUGGAGAUAAGUCGCUCGGCACAACAGGUCUUUCUCAGCACUCGCCGAGGUGCAUGGAUACUGAAUCGUGUGGGGGAAGGAGGCUAUCCAGCAGAUGUGGUACUUUCUACUCGGUUUAACAUGUUACGGAAGAAGUGCGCAACCAUGUCCAUGCUGAAUCACUGGUUGGAGAGUCGUUUAAAUGCAAGAUUCAACCAUUCUCAUUAUGGCCUGAAACCUAAACACAGGGUUUUCAGCCAACAUCCAACCGUCAACGAUGAGCUUCCAAACUGCAUCAUUUCAGGGAAGGUGCUGGUGAAACCAAACAUCUGUGAAUUUACUGAAACUGCUGUUGUCUUUGAAGAUGGCUCUAAGGAAGACGAUAUCGAUUUUGUUGUCUUUGCCACAGGAUACAGUUUCUCUUUUCCCUUCCUGGGAAACUCUGUGAGAGUCAUUGAGAACCAGACCGCCCUGUAUAAAUUUGUCUUCCCCCCACACUUGGAGCAGCCUACUCUAGCAAUCAUUGGCCUUGUGCAACCCCUGGGUGCCAUCAUGCCCAUUUCAGAGCUGCAGGCUCGCUGGGCAGCCCGUGUGUUUAAGGGACUUGCUAAGAUACCAUCAAUAAGUGGGAUGAUGUCGGAUAUCACCAGGACGUCAGCAGCAAUGGCUAAACGGUAUGUGAAGAGCCAACGCCACACCAUCCAAGUGGACUAUAUUGAGUACAUGGAUGAAUUGGCUUGUCUGGUGGGGGUCAAGCCCAGUGUAUGGCCUCUGUUUCUUUCUGACCCCAAACUGGCCUGGGAGCUUUUGUUUGGGCCAUGCACACCCUAUCAGUACCGCCUCGAAGGACCAGGGAAAUGGGAUGGAGCCAGGAAAGCCAUCUUGGCGCAACACAACCGGAUCCUGAAACCCUUGAGAACAAGGCCUGUUGACAAUUCAAGCAGCAACACCUUCGUGCCCCUGUGGAUCAAGCUGGUUGGCCUUGUGGCUCUCUUGGCUGCAAUUUUUGCUUAUUUUUAAAUGCUGAAGAACAACAUUGUUUAAUAGAAAGAGGAAUUGGCUGAAACUGAUCAUAAAUCCCUCAAAACAAAUAAAUCCUGAGGAUCUGAUAGCUUCACUAAUGAAAUUUAUAAAUGUUUCAAAGAUGCUUCAAUCCCUAUUUUGCACAGACCUUUCAAUGGAAUUUUAGACGGUAACUUCCUCCCCCUGACACCUGCAAACUCUCCUGGAUUGCAGUUAUUCCCAAAUCUUUUAAAAACAUUUUUAAAGAACCCUAUUGUCCAAUUGCUCUUCUUAAUCACAAGUAUAAAACCUAAUUUCACAAAACAUUUUAAUACUAUAAUUAAAUUAAUUCAUGUGGACCAAUCAGGUUUUGCGCCAAACAUACAAUUAUAUGUAUAUUAAAUGUUAUUCAAAUUUGUCAGUCAAUUCAAUUAUACCUUACCUUUUUAUCCCUCAAUAUUUUUAAAGUGUGGGUGUUAAUUUUGUUAAAAAAUAAAGUGUAUUUUAGCACCAAAUUGAUUGCAACCCUAAAUAAGAUUUACAGCCCUUCAGAAGCAGAAUCAAUGCUUCACAGAAUCAUAGAGCUGGAAGGAAGGGACCUCAAAGACAAUCUUGUUUAACAUCCUGCUGAUGCAGGAAAAUGCACAACUACAUUUUCCUUUGAACUUUAUAAUUCAGGGCAUGAAAAAAGAUUGCUAAAAGACAACCUAGAGUCAAUAUGUAACUUGGAAAUCUUCUGGCAAUUGAACUUCAUUCUGAAUUAGGGUGGCUGUAAACAGCCAGAUGAAAAAGUCAGGCAGUGCAGAGUAAAUUAAUCCGAAUCCCACUGUGCCUUCCACCAGGUACGAGCGGAAGCAGGAUUAAAGCCCACAGUGUUAUAUCCAGAGGACUGUUUUCCUUCCACUUUAAACUAAAGUACAUAGUAAAUGAUCUGGUCAAGCUCUGUGUAGAUCAGCUCAGAGUGCCCUCCAAAGAUACGUGGGUGGCCAGCAGUAAUCCACUGCUGUGGAAAUUUAGUUUUGAUCCCACAGCUCCUUUAGUAGCCAAUAUGCAGUCUAGCCAAGGAAACAUCCAAGAGCACCUGCAGGAAUUACUUGCAGGACUGGGCCCACAUCAAAACCCAGUUCAGUCUAGAGAAAUACUUGCCUGUGGUUACUUCCCCCUUCUUUUGUAGAGAAUUUCUAGGUUUCAGGCAAUGAAAGCCAACUUUCUGGAUGAGCAUUAGAAGUAAAGUCCUAGAGAAGAGCGCUUUUGCAUCUGUGGAUGCCAGAUAAGAGAGGACAUUAUAUACUCUAUGCAAGUAAUAUGAAAUUCCAAGGACAAAAUGUUUAUUAUUAUUAAAGCCGAUCACCAACCUCAGUGACACUGACUAAAUUAAACAUCUGUUUUCUAGCCUGGCUUAGCCUGCUAAGUUUGUGGUAAAAGGCUCCCAACUCAGGAAAGCCUAGACUCUGGCCUCGCAACCCGAGAUACGGUUUUACAUAUUAUUGUACGUGUUUUAUUACAUGUGUUUGAUCGUGCUGUUCUUUGCUUGCUUGCUAAAACCUGUUUGCUUUUUAUUUGCCUUUUGGCUAUAACCUGUCUGUGGCUGACCAAUAAAUGUUAACAGUG